AUGGCCGCUCCAGUCUUCUCCAGCCUCGGCUCUAUCCGCUCCCUGAAUGUCCUCCUCCUGGCGUUGACUGGCCUGAGCUGGAGCAGUCCCAUCCGGCCCCCCGAGACCCACCGCCGGCCGUCAGUCGCCAGGGACGUAGGUGAUAAUCCGCUCCUUGACGCUCAGGACUUUAUGAGGCAGAUUCUGUCCACACUGAACCUCACAGAGCUGAGGCCCCAGCCCAGGCCCCUCGCUGCCCAGAAGGAGCCGCCCGAGUACAUGUUGGAGCUGUACAACCGCUUUGCCCACGACCGCACGUCUGUGCCCUCGGCCAACAUUGUGCGCAGCUUCAAGAAUGAAGAUUCCUCCCCCUACAGUUUAACGGCCAGGGGUGUGCGGAUAUUUCCCCUGAUGUUCAACCUCUCCAUGCCCCACCACGAGCACAUAACCAUAGCGGAGCUCCGCCUCUUCACCCUGGUCCGGCGGGCCCAACGUCCACAUUCUGGCCUUGACUGCAAGGUGACCAUUUACAAUAUACAAGAGGGCGUUGUUUGGACCAGAGAGGUGGGGAAAGCAGGCAGAAGGAGGGAGAAAGAAGAGGUGGUGGAGAUGAAGGAUCUGGAGGAACUGGUGACAAAGCAUGUUCAUGUCAGAGAUAACAGCUGGGUGUCGUUUGACCUGACUCAUGUGGUAACGCUCUGGCGGAAGUCGGGGUGUGCGGCUCACAGAUUGGAGGUUCAUAUCACGACUCCAGAGGAGGAGGGGGCCACACGGGAGGUCACAGAGGAGGGUGAAGCCUCCAUUGAGAUUGAUAUCGACAGGAGCUCGGAGGGAAAACUAAACGCCGUGAUGAUUGUGUUCUCAGAUGAUCAGAGCAGGGACCACAAACAGGAUAAACAAGAGCUCAGCCAGAUGAUUGAGCACGAGAAUGACCUCGCUGACAACACAGGCCGGAGCCAACAAGCUUUCCGGGAGCACGCCAAUCCCAACGCUGGCCUCGCCAACCAGGACGACCUGGACAAACAGUCUCUCCUGCAGCUGCAGUCCAACCUUAUCUACGACACACCUCCCCGAAUCCGUCGCAAUGUUAAGAGCGAGCCGUGCAAGAGGACGCCGCUCUUUGUGGAUUUUAAAGACAUUGGCUGGGACUCGUGGAUCAUCCAGCCUCUGAGCUACGAGGCCUACGAGUGCAGGGGGGUGUGCAACCCGCCGCUGACCUCCGAGGUCUCGCCCACCAAACACGCCAUCGUGCAGAGUCUGCUGAGCCUGAAGAGUCCAGAGAGAGCAUCGCGUGCCUGCUGCGUGCCCACUAAGCUGGAGCCCAUAUCGCUCCUUUAUCACGAAAACGGCGUGAUCACUUUCAAUCACAAGUACGAGGGGAUGGUGGUGGCGGAGUGCGGAUGCAGAUAG